AUGCAGCGCCUCUUCGACACCAGCCGCGAGGUCUUCGCCGCCUCCGCCCCCGGCUUCGUGCCGCCGCCCGACGCCGUCCUCCGCCUCUCCGCCAUCCUCAAUGAUCUGAAGCUGCAAGAUGUUGGCAUAGACACAAGCAUGACGUGCUUCAAGCGCAACGACUCCAGGGUGCCUGCUUCAGUCACCUAUCUGCAUUUCUAUGACUGCCCCAAGUUCUCGUUUGGUAUCUUCUGUUUACCCAAGCAUGCUGUGAUUCCUCUGCACAACCAUCCCGGGAUGACCGUCUUCAGCAAGAUGCUCUUCGGCUCCAUGCACCUCAAGUCGUAUGACUGGGCUAGAGCUAACUCAGAGGCUGGCCCUAACAACGCGCUCAUCACCUCAGAUGGGGCUCGUUUGGCAAAGAUAAACACAAACGCCGUUGUUGACGCUUCAGCCGAGACCAUAGUUCUGUACCCUGAAAACGGAGGCAACCUGCACUGCUUCACGGCGCUCACCCCUUGCGCUGUUCUGGACGUGAUGGGACCCCCUUACAACCACCUUGCUGGUAGGGACUGCGCCUACUACAGCGAGUCCCCGUUUGCAAACGCAGCCGGUGUGGUCGACGGGCGGUACUCGUGGCUCAAGGAAAUCCCAAACAACUUCCAGAUGAAGGGCGUAACGAUGCCGCGGUGCUUUGUCGUCUAG